AAUAGAACUGUCCGUUUUAAGGCUGUUCCUCGCACCCUGUUGGAGAACAAUAUUGUUUUAGUUCUACCAGCAAGUGGCGUGUGGAUUUAAUCAACCUUUUUCGCACACAGGAAUUUUCAUCCCAACCAAGAAACAGAUAAAGAGGGGGAAAUGGUUUGCUCAGCAAGGCUAUUUAUUAGUCUCCUCUUUUUGGCUACGAUAUUUUGUAUCGUGAACUCUAAACAUCGUCAUCACAAAAAAUCCCAUUCUCCUUUGCAUCAUGGGAAAAGCAAAACGGACUCCCCAUGGAAAGGCUCAUGCCACUAAGCAUCACGUCUUGAGAAAGUUUCAUCACGGUCGGCACCACCAACAACAUAAAUUACGUUUGAAACACGGGCAUCAGUUGCACCUAAAGGCUCAUAAGAAAGGUUUAACUUACGCCGAGUCUCCUCUUCCACCGCAGCCAUGUAUUGACUUUUUACCUUGCCUCCAAUACCGUUACUAUCAUUGUUACCAUCACGAAUGGAUACGAAACAAUUGCCCAAAACUUUGUCACUAUUGUGACCAUCAGCCUUUCCCUGAACCCAUGUACGGAAGAUUUAAACCAGUCGCGGCUGAUUAUCCAGAAUGGUGUGUUGAUCACAACCACUGCAAAGCCUAUCCUACGGAAGCGUGCGCUUACGAUAAAUGGAUGCAUCUCAACUGUCUAAGAAAAUGCGAUGCUUGUUAUGAUACCAAGAAAGUAAAAGCAGGCCUUGUCUUCGUCGAUCAUCCGUUUAAUUUGACUCCUCAAGAUAAGAAGGUUGACGAUAAGCUUGACGCACUUCUUCAUUUCCGUCCCACUCCCCCACCAACACCUCCGCCACCAAUAAAAAAGAAAGUUAACAAGAAGAAGGUAGCUGCUGACCAAAAGAAGGUCAGUGGUGCCCCCGCUAAACUUGCUGCCUCGAAGUUGCCAUGGAAACUUCCCGGAAAAGGAGCAGCACAAGGCGACACUCGUCCAGCUACAAAUAACGCUGGCUCACCAAAGCAGCAAUCUCAACCAGCACUACCUGUUGACAGUGCCGCUCAGGCAGCAUCUCAGGCAGCAUCUCAGGCGGCAACCCAAGCAGCAGCGAACGCUGCAACUCAGGCGUCCUAUCAGGUGACACAGGCUGCAACCCAGGCAGCUAACCAGGCAGCCGCCCAAGCGCAGGCUGCGACACAGGCUGCCGCUCAGGCUGCAACUCAGGCAGCAACCCAGGCGGCAACUCAGGCAGCUACACAAGCUGCAACACAAGCUGCUACGUUGGUUGCCACCCAAGUCGCCAGUCAAAAACAAGCCGAACAAGACCAGAAAGCUGCAAACCAACAGCAAAAAACAGGUGACAAGAAACCCGCAAAGGCAUCUACAUCCGACAAACCAUCCCAAUCCGCGAAUAUCCAAAAAGAACAAAACUCUGACAAAGCACCCCGACCCGCAGCAGCACCUGCACAAAAUGCCCAACCUAUCAAUCAGGCAAGUACUCAGGCACCUGCACAGACCUCCGCAACUCAACAAGCCAACACUGAAAAGGAUCUAGCAUACGAAAACUCCCAACAAAUGAUCCAACAACCUGUCGAACAGCAAAAUUCAAAGGGCACACAACAACAAAACAUUGCCGUGAAAAACUUGAAUAAUAAAGACAAGAAAAAUCCUGCACAAGAGAAUCUCCCGUUAAAACCAAACUUGAUUGAAGGAAAACAAGAGAAACUUGCCGAAGACCAGUCCAUACCCGCAGCGAAAUCCCAGCCUGAUUCUUUGCCUAAGGGAGAAAGCCCGGUUGGAGUACCUGCAUAUAGUUACAACGAUUUGGUGAGACAAGAGUUGGAAGCGGUCAAAGAUGCACCGACGACUAAACAAUUUAAAGCAGAUAUCUUGAAGGAGGUUCAAGUUAAACUUAAAUCUGGAACCUUUCCUCAGAUCGACACGGCAAAGGUGUUUACCAAACACAAAGUCGCGAGACCAAAACGAAAACACGUCGUGGAAUCCACGAGCGAGGCCAAGCACAAAGUGGUGAAACCCAAACACAAAAAGAACCAUGCGAAAAAGGGCAUCUUACACAAGGAUAAAAAACAUCGUAAGAAUUUUGGAAAGAAACCAAAGAAAGCACACCCGAAACAGGAAGACGCUCAAAGGCAUGGGAAACAUGGGAAAGCACAACAUGAUAAAAAAAAGAAUCGUGGAAAAGCUGAAGGGAAAAGCAAACUCCAUCACAAGAAGAGCAAGAAGAGACAUCAUACCAAGAAGUUGCAUCGCAAAGAAGAAAGUUCGUAAAGAAAUGGUAAGUAAAAGAAAAUAAAGAACUCCCUAUGAAGAAGAAGAAUAAACAUGUCCUUGAGAGUCGCAUGGUUAACGUAAUCUUGCAGUUUCUUAAAGAAGUUUGUUUAUUACCGAUUUCUGGUAGUUUCUCCAAGUACGGUCGAAGUAGCUGCAAGAUUACGAAUUUUAUGCCAUGCUCGUUUAGUCUCUGAUGCAUUGUUUAAAACAAAUAAACUUAAACUUUAUUGAUGCAGUAAAUAAUUAAAGGAAAUCACUUGAUCUGGUAUUAAUAAAACAAACAGAUUAUUAUAAUAUUUUUAAAGGUAUAGAUAUAUGAUUAUAAUAAUUUGUAAUUUGUUUCUUUUAAACUUUUAUUCAAUUACACAAUAAUUCAAUAAAUCAUUUGUAAAUAUAUGAUGAUAUAUUAAACAUUG